AAAUAAUGAUCAACGGGAAAAAUGAUCUGUAGUGAGUUUCUGACAAAAAUAUAGUCUGCCGUUAGUCGUCGGACCGUUCAGUCUUUUCGUUCGAAACAGUGCUUAACGAGUUGUGUGUUAGAUCGCACACCUUUUUUAAAUUUCCUUUAAAGAGACUUAAACCUUAAAACCACAAAUCAAACAUGGCUGAUGAGGAGAAAAAGGCAGCGGCUCCGGCACCAGCUCCAGCAGCAGCUCCUGCCCCAGCUCCAGCAGCCGCGCCAGCUGCGGCAGCACCAGCGGCAACCCCAGCAGCAGCUCCUGCUGCAGGAGCACCAGCUGCUGCCCCAGCAGCCAAUGGUAAAGCUGCCGCACCUGCUGCAGCGCCCGCAGCUAAUGGCAAAGCCGCAGCACCAGCAGCCAAUGGUAAACCUGCCAAACCUUUAACACCAGCUGAAGAGGCUAAGAAGGCUAAACAAGCCGAAAUUGAACGCAAGCGUGCUGAAGUACGCAAGCGUAUGGAAGAAGCUUCCAAGGCUAAGAAGGCCAAGAAGGGUUUCAUGACUCCCGAAAGAAAGAAGAAACUCAGGUUGUUGCUCCGCAAGAAAGCCGCUGAAGAAUUGAAGAAAGAACAAGAACGCAAAGCCGCUGAACGUAGACGUAUCAUUGAAGAACGUUGCGGUAGUCCCAGAAACCUCAGUGACGCCAGCGAAGCUCAAUUACAAAAGAUUUGCCAAGAGUACUACGACCGUAUGUACCUUUGUGAAGGCCAGAAAUGGGAUCUUGAAUAUGAAGUCAGGAAAAAAGACUGGGAGAUCAACGAUCUCAAUGCCCAAGUUAACGAUCUUCGUGGCAAGUUCGUUAAGCCUGCUUUGAAGAAGGUUUCCAAAUACGAAAACAAAUUCGCCAAGCUCCAAAAGAAGGCUGCCGAAUUCAACUUCCGUAAUCAACUUAAGGUUGUCAAGAAGAAGGAAUUCACAUUGGAAGAAGAAGAAAAGGAGAAAAAGAUUAAAGAUUCUAUACUAAAAUCCAAAAAGUAAGAAACCCGACUGGUCCAAGGGCAAGGCUGCUGAUAAGCCAAAGGAGGAAGCUGAAGUUGAAGCCUAAGUGUUCCGAUUUUAUAUAUAUAUGACCGUAUCCCGCCCUAUUUUUAAAUAAAAAAAUCAUUUAUUAUUUAUUAAUUGUUUUCAAACAACAACAACAAAUUAUGUACAUCUAAA